AUGGAAAACAUCAAAGGAGCAACCAUCGGAGCCGCUGUCGGAGUAGGUGUGGCACUCGUUGGCAUCCCGCUGGGCAUCUGUGCGCUGGGGUUCACGGCAACCGGCAUCGCCGCUGGGUCCGUGGCUGCCAAGAUGAUGUCAGCAGCCGCCAUAGCCGGCAACGGAGGAGUGGCUGCCGGCAGCACCGUGGCCAUGCUGCAAUCGAUCGGAGCUGCGGGUUUCUCUCUUGGUGCCAAAAUUGGGCUGACAUCUAUGCUGGGGCCGCUCGGUGCAGCAGUCGGUGCCAAGCUGUUCAAGGGGAAGACAACUCCAGAUGACGAACCCGAGCAAAGCCAAGAAGGUGACUGA